GUGGGGCUAGUGCCACGUGCUUCGAUAUGGCAAUUUGUUACGAGCUACAGCAUAGACUUAAUCCAUUUUACACUGGAGGAUCUGUCAAAACUCUUUCAAAUGGGUCCCAUGUGAUUAGCAUGUGCCAUAACUCAAUCAAAUUAGUUGAUCUGAGCACUUUAGCAACAAUACAGUCAUUUGAUGAAGAAGAGGACACUCCCAUUACACUGGCCGUCAGUCCAGAUGAGACUACACUGGGUGUGGCCUGGAGGAGUUUAUUAAUUAAGCAAUAUAACUUAAUAACCAGUACUUGUACCAGGCAAUGGAAAGGACAUUUAGGUCCAGUGGUUGCCAUGGAUAUAGACUCCUCCUCCUCUCUCCUUGCUACUGGUUCUGCUGACUCAACGAUUAAAGUAUGGGAUAUGAGCCGUCAGUACUGCACUCACCACUUCAGGCCUGGAGUAGGUGUGGUCUCUAUUGUCAGAUUCCAUCCAUCGAAGCUCCUCCUGUUCAGUUCAUCGAUUGAUAACAACAUUAGACUAUGGAGCCUUCAAGACAGCAAGUGUAUUCAGAUAUUGUCUGGUUCUCAUGUAAGUCCAGUCACCACUCUGCUCUUCUUGUCUAAAGAGGGCGGAGACUAUUUCAUUAGUGGUGGGCGUGACCAGGUUAUUAACUACUGGUUAUUAAAUGAUGAGAAGGCGGAGCUCCUUAAAGUAUUACCAGUUUAUGAGGCCGUUGAAGGAUUGCAACUCAUACCAGAGGAGGUGAGUGGGAGGGGCUCUGUUACCGUGGCAACUGCAGGAGAGAAAGGAGUAUUGAAGUUAUGGGAUAUUGAGAAUGGUUGCUGUCUUGGUUCAUUGUAUUCAUUACCGGAAUCAACUGGACACGUCUUUAGUGAUCUAUUGUACUGCCACGCCCUACAGUCACUGGUAGCUGUGGCCAGUGACCACACCCUCUUAUUAUACUCGUUAAAAGACAAGUCUGUUAAAUAUUUUGUGGGUAAUCUUGAUGAGGUACUAGACAUCAAGUGUAUUUCUGGGGAUGGGUACGAUGAGGUUGCUAUAGCAACCAAUAGUGAGAACCUCAAGGUGUACGAGAGGGGGGCGUGGUCACAGUGUCAGCUAGUGAGAGGGCAUGCUGAUGUCAUACUGUGUGUUGAUGUUAAUGUGACCAAUGAGAUGAUAGCUACUGGUUCUAAGGAUAAAACUGUUCGAGUUUGGAGGAGAAACCCUUCAAGUGGUCAGUAUGAGGGUGUGGCUACUGGGCGGGGCCACACUAUGAGUGUUACAGCAAUAGCCUGGGCCAAACAGGACAACUCCUUCCUUGUUAGUGGUAGUUUAGAUAAAACUAUUAAAUUAUGGAACGUCAAACAGCUGCUCUUGUCAAAGAAGACUAAUGAGGGAAGUAUGUCCGCCAUGUUCACUGAAGCUGCUCACAAUAAAGAUAUUAAUUCAAUUGAUGUUUCACCAAAUAACAAACUUAUUGUAACUGGAUCCCACGAUAAAACUGCUAAGAUAUGGUCAGUAGCUGAUGGUAAACUGAUGGGAACAUUAAAAGGACACAGGAGGGGGGUGUGGUCAGUACAGUUCUCUCCUGUUGACCAAUGUGUAUUGACAAGUUCCAGUGAUAAUACGUUAAGACUUUGGUCAGUUAGUGAUUUCAGUACCUUGAAAACCUUUGAAGGACAUUCCAACUCAAUUCUAAAAGCAAUCUUCAUUAAUAAAGGACAAGCAGUAGCAUCAGUAGCUAAUGAUGGUUUAUUGAAAAUUUGGAGCGUUAAGACGAAUGAGUGUCUGACUACUUUAGACGCUCAUGAAGAUAAGGUGUGGUCCUUAGCCACACCCAAUGAUGGGCGGAGCCUCUUCACUGGAAGCAGUGACACCACAGUGUGUGAAUGGAAGGACGUGACAAAUGAGAAGAGAACCCAAGAGAAAGAGAAACAAUCAGAUUUUAUACUCAAGGAACAGCAGUUGUUGAAUUUAUUACAAGAUAAGGAUUACGAGAGAGCAGUGGGUGUGGCCAUCACUCUAGACCAACCGAACCGAGUCCUUAAGGCACUAACAGAUAUACUAAGUUCCAGUGGCAUUCAUUCUGAGCCGUUUCAUGCAACAAUAAGAUCAUUAAAUGAAGAACAACUUAGUUGUUUACUUGGUUAUGUUAAGAAAUGGAACACGAAUUCAAAAUAUUGUAGAGUAGCACAAUCAGUAUUACAUGUAUUAUUAAAGAUUAAGGAUCCUGAUGAUUUAUCGAAAAUAUCAAAUAUAUCGGAAACAUUGACUGGAUUAAUACCGUAUACUGAGAGACAUUUUGAUAGACUAUCACGACUACAACAGUUGUCCACAUUUAUUGACUACACGUGGGAGAGAAUGUCCUUAUCAGAUCAGAAUCACUAAAGACUACUCACUCCUGAGCCUUUUUGUCAUUACAUUUUGUUUAUUGUUUAAUAUUAUUGCAACUAUAUUGCAGCCUUGCCCUUGCUGCUAAAAGUG